AUGACAAACUUGUUGCUAGAGAUUAGAGAAAAUAUUCUGAACUCAGGUUGUGAGAUUCAAGACAAUCUUGAUUCUUGGGUUAAUGAUAGCAGCAAUUGCUGUGCUUGGGAUAGAAUUACAUGCAAUGCCACUUCCAACCAUGUCACUGCAAUUUCACUCAAUUACACAACUGGCUAUCCGUUAAAUUUUACAGGAAUAGUUUGUACUCUGAAUCUAUCUCUGUUUCAUCCUUUUCAAGAACUCGUCACCCUUGAUUUAUCUCAUAAUCGCUUUUAUGCCUGGUCGCGUAAUGGAGGUUUUGAAAGAUUGUCAAGUUUGAAGAAGCUGCAGGUCCUUGAUCUUUCUUCUAAUCUGUUUAAUGGCAGUAUCUUAUCAUCUGUCAGCAAGCUUAUAUCAAUUAAAACUUUGAUUCUUGGACGCAACAGUUUGACUGACUCUUUGAUUAGUAAUGAAUUAGGCAGCUUGGAAAAUUUGGAAGUGUUGGAUUUGAGUUAUAAUCAAUUCAAUCAAACUUCAUCACUUGAAGGAUUGUGCGGAUUGAGAAGCCUCCGUGAGUUGGGACUGAGCUAUAACAACUUUUUUGGCCAUCUUCCUCCCUGCCUCGGAAAUCUUACGAACCUCCAAGUUCUUGAUCUGUCAUUCAAUCAGUUCAGUGGGAGCAUCCAACAUGUUGUCUCUAGCCUGACAUUCCUCAAGUACUUGUUUCUUUCUGGUAACCAAUUUGAAGGCUUAUUUUCUUUUAGUUCUUUGGCCAACCACACAUUACUUGAAAUUUUCGAGCUUUCGUCAGGAAGUACAAUGUUAGAAUUGGAAACAGAAACUCCUCUUUGGUCUCCAACAUUUCAACUCAAAGUAAUCGACUUGCCUAGUGCCAACCUUAAUGUUCAAACUAGAACGUUUCCUAGCUUUCUUCGCUACCAGCAUGACUUACAGUUCAUUGACCUCUCUCAUAAUAGGCUAGUAGGAUCAUUUCCUAGUUGGAUCUUGCAGAAUAACUCUAAGCUGAAAGUCUUGAAUUUGAUGAACAACUCAUUCACUGGAAAUUUUGAGCUGCCUGAGGUCAAACAUGGUUUGAGCUAUUUGGAAAUUUCAAGCAACAACAUCAUAGGCCAGCUGCCUGAAGAAAUUGGUAUUGUCCUUGUAAACCUAAUUCAUAUGAACUUGUCAAAGAAUAAUUUUGAAGGUAAUAUUCCUUCAUCUGUUGGUGCGAUGGAAGUACUGCUUGUUCUGGAUUUGUCAAAUAAUAAUCUCUCAGGAAUAGUUCCAGCAAGUUUGUUUUCCAAACUUACCAGUCUACACUCACUUGUUUUAUCAAACAACUCUUUUCAGGGCGAUAUUUUUCCAAAGAUUGUGAACAUGCCAUCCUUAAUUGUGUUAGAUAUGAAAAACAACAAUUUCACAGGGAAUUCAGAUCCACACCUUUUAUACUUACCCUCUCUAGUUAUUCUUGACAUAUCCAAGAACAAGAUAGCAGGUACAAUUUAUGUUCAACUAUGUAACCUGGGAAGUCUUGAACUUUUAGACCUGUCACAAAAUAUGUUUUCCGGAUCUCUGCCUUCUUGCUUUAAUGCGUCAACGUUGCGAUAUCUUUUCCUGCAAAAGAACACUCUAAGUGGCCCGAUACCACAUAUUCUAUCUAGAAUUUCCAAUUUGGUAACACUCGACUUGAGGGAUAACAACUUUUCAGGAACAAUCCCGUCUUGGAUCAGUCAUUUUUCUGGGCUGCGCGUGUUGCUAUUAGGAUGGAAUGCCUUACAAGGCCACAUUCCGCGUCAGCUGUGUCCAUUAAGAAGUUUGAAUAUCCUGGAUCUUUCACACAACUCACUUUAUGGUUCAAUACCUUCAUGUCUCAACAAUAUAUCAUUUGGGAUGACGGAGGAAGAUGAAUUUUCGUCUUCACCUGUAAGUAUGGCAUACGCUUCCCCUAAAAACUAUUAUGCUUUCUUCAGUGCCAGUCUCGACUUGCAACCUCCUGGCAUACCGACUUGGGAAUUUUCAGAGGAAGUAGUGGUAGAAUUUGGUAUGAAGUACAGAUCUAACCCCUACAAGGGUGACAUCCUCAACUUUGUAAUAGGGAUAGAUUUAUCAGACAACAAGCUAACCGGUGAGAUUCCUUCAGAAAUUGGGGAACUCCCCGGCACCAAAGCCUUGAAUCUAUCUUACAAUUACUUGACAGGAUCAAUACCAGUCACUUUUUCGAACCUGAAGAAUAUAGAGAGCCUGGAUCUUCGAAACAACAAUUUGAGCGGCGAAAUCCCCAAUGAACUAGUUGAGUUGAACUUCUUAGGAACCUUUGAUGUUUCAUACAACAAUUUAUCUGGUAAGAUUCUGGACAAGGGUCAAUUUGGAACAUUCGACGAGAACAGUUACAGAGGCAAUCCUGGACUCUGCGGAGAUUUGAUUCACAGGAGCUGUAACAUUGAAGCAGAACCACCACAAGCAUCAAUAGAAGAAGAUGACGAUGAAGGUGGUAUUGACAUGGUUUGGUUCUAUUGGAGUUUCUUUGCUGCCUAUGUCACAAUAUUGCUCGGGAUAUUUGCAAUUCUUUACAUUAACAGGCAUUGGCGCAACUUAUGGUUUUACUAUGUUGAUGUAUGUUCUAUUCGAGUUUUUGGAACUGUAUUCUACUGAU